AUGCCGGCGCUCGCGUGUUGUGUAGACGCCGCCGUAGCUGCUCCACCUGGUUACGGAUUUGCUAGGGAUAGCACUCUUCCCGCGCCGGCGGUUGAUUCUGGGUUUUUAAACUCUGCAAUCUCAGCCGUCGCCGGCGUACCUCAGUCGACAAACUCCGCCGCCGCCGCCGCAGCCACAGCCGACAUUGACGUCUCCACCACAUGGUCGCCUUCCCUUUCGGCUGAGAUUUACAAAGUGGAUGGAUGGGGUGCGCCUUACUUCGCCGUCAACUCCAGCGGCAACAUCGCCGUCCGUCCUCACGGCGUUGAUACCCUUUCCCACCAGGAGAUUGACCUCCUCAAAGUGGUGAAAAAGGCAUCGGACCCGACAUCCAAUGGCGGACUCGGGUUGCAGCUCCCCCUCAUUGUACGUUUUCCCGACGUCCUCAAGAACCGCCUUGAAUCUCUCCAGUCCGCUUUUGAUUUCGCAGUCCAAUCCCAGGGCUAUGGGGCCCACUACCAAGGCGUUUACCCGGUCAAAUGCAAUCAGGACCGCUUUGUGGUCGAUGAUAUCGUCAGAUUUGGAGCCCCUUUCCGGUUCGGGUUGGAAGCCGGGUCUAAACCGGAGCUCCUGUUGGCAAUGAGCUGCCUUUGCAAAGGAAGCCCGGAUGCUUUCUUGGUUUGCAACGGCUUCAAAGACACGGAGUAUAUUUCUCUCGCCUUGGUUGCUCGGAAGUUGUGCUUGAAUACCGUAAUUGUACUCGAACAGGAGGAGGAAAUCGAUCUGGUGAUUGAUCUAAGCAAGAAGCUGGCAGUCCGACCCGUGAUUGGUGUUCGGGCCAAGCUCAGGACCAAGCAUUCUGGUCAUUUUGGGUCAACAUCUGGGGAGAAAGGCAAGUUUGGAUUGACAACCACUCAAAUCCUCCGCGUGGUGAAGAAACUGGAACAAUCUGGAAUGUUGGAUUGUCUUCAAUUGCUGCAUUUUCAUAUUGGAUCUCAGAUCCCUUCCACAACCCUAUUAGCUGAUGGCGUUGGGGAGGCUGCACAGAUUUACAGUGAACUAGUUCGCUUGGGUGCCGGAAUGAAAGUAAUUGACAUUGGUGGAGGCCUUGGGAUUGACUAUGACGGUUCAAAGUCAGCUGAUUCCGACGUCUCGGUUGCCUAUUCCCUCCAGGAAUAUGCCUCUGCUGUGGUGCAGGCUGUGCGGUUUGUGUGUGACCGCAAGGGCGUGAGGCACCCAAUUCUGUGCAGCGAAAGUGGCCGAGCAAUUGUAUCCCAUCACUCAAUUUUGAUAUUUGAAGCUGUUUCCGCCACCUCCAAAGAGAUUCCUCAGGUAUCCUCCCUUGGACUUGAAUACUUUGCUGAGGGUCUCAAUGAAGAAGGCCGUGCUGAUUACUGGAAUUUGUAUUCUGCUGCUGUCCGGGGUGAGUACGAUACUUGUUUGGCUUAUGCUGAUCAGCUUAAGCAAAGGUGUGUUGAGCAGUUCAAGGAAGGAACUUUAGAUAUGGAACAGCUCGCAGCUGUUGAUGGGCUUUGCGAGUAUGUUUCAAAUGCAGUGGGAGUGUCUGAUCAAGUGCGUACUUACCAUGUCAAUCUCUCAAUAUUCACUUCCAUUCCUGAUUUUUGGGCCAUCGGUCAGCUUUUCCCUGUAAUCCCGAUUCACCGCCUGGAGGAGAAGCCGGGGGUACGGGGAAUUUUAUCAGACCUGACUUGUGAUAGUGAUGGAAAAAUCAAUAAGUUCAUUGGGGGUGAAUCCAGCCUUCCCCUCCAUGAGAUUGAAGGCAAAGGCAACGGAAAUGGAUAUUAUCUGGGCAUGUUUCUGGGCGGGGCUUAUGAAGAAGCCCUAGGCGGAUUCCACAACCUGUUUGGGGGUCCUAGUGUCGUGCGGGUGUUACAGAGUGACGGGCCUCACAGUUUUGCUGUGACUCGUGCUGUUCCUGGACUUUCUUGCGGGGAUGUUCUACGGGUUAUGCAGCAUGAACCUGAGCUUAUGUUUGAGACCCUGAAGCAUCGUGCAGAGGAGUUUGUGCAUGAUGAAGUUGUGGUUGACGACAGUAAUGGUGGUGGUAUAGGGGCAUUGGCAAGUGGCCUCGCUCAAUGCUUCCAUAACAUGCCUUAUCUCUUGCCGGCUUCCUCUUGCUGCUUGACUGCCGCCACUGCCAAUAAUAAUGGUUUCUAUUAUUGCAAGGAUGAGACUUAUAGUGCCACUGAAGCUGUUGCUGCUGCCGGCACGGUUGAGGAUGAGCAGUGGACUGCCUACUGCAUGGCUUGA